UCUAAUUUAAAGCCUCUAACUCCAGGAGUCUUCCACAGUCAUGAAACUGAAAUUUUCUAAUUUAAAACCUUUAAUUCCAAAAGUCUUCCACAGUCACUGUCUGAAACUCCACUGUUCUUUGCUGUCUUGUAAUUAUUUAAAGGAGAGAAUGGCUGUAAACCUCUAGUUUUUGUUGAUUUGAUGGAUAUAUAUUGCUUAUGUCUUUCUCUUAAUGGAUUACAUCACUAAUCUAUGUUUUUUUUUAUCACAUCAUGUUAUUAAGGUCCAGUGAUUGGUGAUAGCUUAUUUCUCUUAUCAUCUUAUUGGGAUUAUUUCUAUACUGUGUAUCCAUUGCACUUUUCUACCCUGGCUUUCCCCUCUGUGGACAUGGAGAUCGACAAUCACACCAUCCUUACUGAAUUCAUCCUCCUGGGCUUCUCAGAAGACCCCCAUCUGCAGUUGAUUCUAUUUGGAAUAUUUUUAACCAUCUAUGUGAUGACCUUGUCAGGAAAUAUGACCUUGGUUAUCCUAAUUCGUAUUGAUUCCAGGCUACAUACACCCAUGUACUUUUUCAUAGGGGGUCUCUCUUUUUUGGAUUUCUGGUAUAAUUCUGUGUAUAUACCUAAAAUCUUGGUCAAUUGUAUCUCAGAAGAUAAGCGUAUCUCCUUGGCUGGCUGUGGGGCUCAGUUUUUCUUUUCCUGUGUAGCAGCCUAUACUGAGUGCUACCUGCUGGCAGCCAUGGCCUAUGACCGCCAUGCUGCAAUUUGUAGCCCAUUGCUCUAUUCAAGCAUCAUGUCUACUUCUCUCUGUACUGGGCUGGUGGCUGGAUCCUAUGUUGGAGGGUUUUUGAAUGCCAUAGCCCAUACUGCCAACACAUUCAGGUUAAGUUUCUGUGGUAAAAAUAUUAUUGAUCACUUUUUCUGUGAUGUACUUCCAUUGGUAAAAAUGUCCUGCACAGACACUCGUGUCUAUGUGAAAAUUCUCUCUAGUAUGGUGGGCUUCACCGUGCUCUCCAGCAUUCUUGCCAUCCUCAUUUCUUAUUUCAACAUCUUCCUGGCUAUCUUGAGGAUCCGCUCAGCCUCAGGAAGACGCAAGGCAUUCUCCACCUGUGCCUCUCACCUGGUCUCCGUCACCCUCUUCUAUGGCUCCUUGCUCUUCAUGUAUUCAAGGCCUAGUUCCAACUACUCCCUGGAGAGAGACAAAGUGGCUGCCAUGUUCUACACUAUCAUCAAUCCAUUACUCAACCCUUUCAUCUAUAGUCUGAGAAACAAAGAUGUUAAAGAAGCCUUUAAGAAAUUGAUACAGCAUAUCCAACAACGAGCAUGA